UUUCUCUCCGGCAGUCUGUCGAAGCUCCUCAACGUGUUCACACUGCACCUCACAACUUUUGUUCCCUGGCUGAGAGCAGAGCGCGGACUGACUGACAGCUGUUCAGAGUGGUUUUCUUCUUCUUUUAGCUAUACUGAAAGGAGUUGCAGCAGCUAUGGGGAAAGGAUGCAUUACAGCUACCAAGUACUUACUGUUCUUGUUCAACCUCCUCUUCUUUAUUUUUGGCGCUCUGAUCAUGGGCUUUGGAUUGUGGGUUCUUCUGGAUAACCAGAGUUUUAUUGCAGUUCUGCAGGAAUCUUCCACCACGCUGAAGGUGGGCUCCUACAUCUUGAUUGGCGUGGGCUCUCUUUCCAUGCUCAUGGGCUUCCUUGGUUGCAUUGGGGCCAUCUACGAGAUCCGUUGUCUACUAGGACUGUACUUCACCUGUCUCCUGCUGAUCCUCAUUGCCCAGGUGACAGCAGCUGUGCUCAUUUACUUCCAGCGAGACUUGCUGAAGCAUGAGAUAUCCAGCAUUGUGAACAAAAUUCUGGUGAAUUAUACAGGUCAGAACAAGACAUCCGAGCAUGCAUGGGAUUACCUGCAGAGAACGAUUCAGUGCUGUGGUUGGACUGGACCAUCUAACUGGACUGAGAAUGUGUGGAUAAGGAACAGCACACAGAUACUGUAUCCAUGCUCCUGUAGGAAUGCAUCCAUUCCUGGGACAGAGGUUCAGGAGACAGGCCUGUGUCAGAGUCUGGUUCACGAUUGGCCUGUCUACACUAAGGGUUGCAUAUCCAGUGUGGAGGACUGGCUCCUGAGUAACUGUGGUGUUAUUUUGGGAGUCUGCAUUGGAGUGGCAGUGAUUGAGCUACUGGGAAUGGUGCUGUCCAUGUGCUUAUGCAAGAGUGUCCAUCAGGAGGUCUACACCAAAGUACCCAAGUACUGAGAGUAAAGACCACACACACAACACACACACAUAGACACACAAACAAACAAGCAAAUACACUCCCUACUUUGGCAGAGCAUUUUGCCACAAUAAAACAAAUAGUUAUAACAGUCCAUGUAUUAUUACCCUCUUGCUUUUCAUUUCAGUUUUAUUCCCUGUGCAAGAUAGAUUAUUUUGUGUUUGUGUUAGAAACUUGUGUUAGUUGGAAUGAUUUUUUGUUUUGUUUUGUUGCUGUAAUUGCUCUGUGUGCUUUGUAUUAUGUAUGUUUUUUUUUUUCAGGUUUUUAGUUUUUCCAUGUGUUUCCAUUCAGGAGCACUUAUUGUAAGGGAAGUGUAGACUGUGAUACGGUCCUCCUUAACCAUAAAUGUACUGAAAGCUAUGCAAAGCCAGUCUUGCGAUAUAUCCUGAAAAUUGUCAUGUCAGGGUGGUCUCAAUAUGUUCAGGUCAUUUAAAUGAUUAGAAACUGCAUGUAGUAGAGCACUUAAUUGGGGUGUCCAUGUUUGCAAACGCUCCUGGCAGGUUUCCAGAGGGAGCUGUAUGAUAAUGCCAGGGUGGGAAAGGUUUCCUAUGGGUGGGGUCAGAUGACACUGAAGGGCACAGACAUUCUGUGAGCACGAUAUAUUGAGCACAUGAGAUUUUUCAUCUCAGUGUGACUACCCUGGUUAAAUAAAGGUAAAAUAAAAAAAUAAAUAAAACACAUGGAAAAAAAAUGUACAUCCUUCCCACAUUAAUAGAUUCUGUUAAUAUUUUUCAUUGUAUUAAUAGUAUAAAUUUAAUGCAUUAUAUUUUAAGCAUAGCAAGGUAUUGAUGGGAAAUUGCCAGAACUAGUGUCUGACCAGUUACAGUCUUCAGUUGCCACAAAAAAAGUAGGGUUUACUUUAUCCGUCUUAAACAUUUUGACUCCACUGUGGUGUAGCAUAUAAAUUAAUCAUGACCACAGUAACCCCUCCAAAGACCCCUUCCCUCAGACUUAUGGAUUAUUUAAUGGAAUAUUUGAAGAUAGAUUGGCUUACUUAAGAUGGUCAUUGUUUUAAAAAAAUCGAUUGACUUUAUUGCUGUUUUCUAUUUUAAGUCAUUGUGAUAGGCUAUGCUUUUCAGAAGCUGAAAAACAUAAGGUGGUGAUUAGGACUAUAGCCCUGGUCAAAUAGAGUGGAAAAAACACAUACACCUUUACUGAGUUUAGUCUAACAAGAAUUUAUUGAGCUAAAUUAUAGUUCUGCAGAUGAAAGUGUCCUGCUUAAAACAUGACUGCUGCAGAUUUCAGUAUUUGCUUAACCCCGGGAGGAAAGUGAAAGCAACUCUGUACUAAACAUGAACAGAGCCAUGGAGUCUUUUGCAGAGAAAACUGCUUUCAGCUACUUGUUCCUCUCUCUUAGUGUCUCUAAUUUGUUCUUUUUUUAAAUUCACUCUAACAACUUUGGAACAUAAGCAGGAAUGUUGGACAGAAAUUCAUCUAAACAUAUUCAGGAGUUAUACAUGUCUGACUGUGUGAGCUGUUUUCUCUUGCAUUUGCACAAAAAUGCAACCUCAGUGCUUUUACUAGGCAGUUAUUUUAAGUAAAUUUAUCUGAGAACACUUCAGAAAAAGACUUCUCCUGUUCUCUUGUUUGGUCUUGUCUGUUCAUGUUUUUGGUGUCCAGGUCUGUGAAAACAUCACUUUUAAUCACACUGAGGUGUGUCUAUAUAUGCUUGGCUGGAAUUGUCUUUAUUAAAAUGCCCUGUAAGAAGUUGAUGAUAUAGCACUAUUUACAAAAUUGCUGUACAUUUCUGUUGGACUUACGACAGUGAAGAUGAAGGCUUUUUACUUUUACUUUUUAAUUGGAAUUUUUGCUUUUUAUGGAACCCAGUUUGUUAAUAAUCAAUGUAUUUUUUUACAUCCACUCCAAAAGUAUUUAUGCCGAACAAUUAAACAGAGUUUGUUAAAGUCA